AUAAUGAUCGUGAACCAAAAAGUCAGGGCGUGGCCACCCCGCCCUCCUGCCCGGACAUCCCCGCCCCUCGCACUGCUUUCAAGUAUGGUGAUUGGCUGAAAGGAAGAAAGAGACCCGCCCCAGGUCUUAUGACUAGAGCAGAAGCGGCGAUUCCUGGCUUUCUCCGUGCUGUUGUCGGUGGUCACCUGUGCUUUCGCUUUCCGCGAGUGUGCGAGGGUGUUCGUUGGCUUUGCCGGUCAGGUCGACGCCUGCCCUGCGGGAUCAUGAUGCGCUUCGGCCUCUCUCCGCUUUCGGGCUCCGGGCUGGUCCUGUGUUGUCUGCUCCUGGGAGCUGUUCAGUCCUAUGCACUGGAACUUAAUUUGAAAGAUUCCAAAGGUACUUGCCUUUUUGCAAAAUGGGAGAUGAAUUUCACAGUAUCAUAUGAAACGACAGACAAAACCUUUAAAACUGUAACCAUUUCAGAACCUCACAAUGUGACCUAUAAUGGAAGCAGCUGUGGCGAUGACCAGAGUAGUGCUAAAAUAGCUGUGCAAUUUGGAUCCGCUGUCUCUUGGAAUGUGACUUUUACCAAGGAAGCAUCUUAUUAUUUUAUUGACAACAUCUUGCUUUCCUACAACACUAGUGAUAACACAACAUUUCCUGGUGCUGCCAAUAAAGGGAGUGUUGCUGUUAACAGUUCUCAGAGAGUCAAAGUUCCAUUGAAUGACAUCUUUAGGUGCAAUAGUUUAUUAACUUUCAAGGUGGAUUCUGUGGUCCAGAACUAUUGGGAUGUUCACCUCCAAGCUUUUGUUCAAAAUGGCACAGUGAGUAAAGAAGAAUUUGUGUGUGAGGAAGACAAACCUGUUACUACUGUGGCACCCAUCAUUCACAGUACUGUGCCAUCUCCUACAACAACACCCACUCCAACUCCGACAGCCAUUCCAACUCCAAAGGUUGGAAACUAUUCUGUUACUAAUGGCAAUGCUACCUGCCUGUUGGCUACCAUGGGGUUGCAGCUGAACCUCACUGAAGAGAAGGUGUCUUUCGUUUUAAACGUCAACCCCACUACAACUAACUUCACCGGAAGCUGUCAACCUCAAACUGCUCAACUUAGGCUGAACAACAGCCAAAUUAAGUAUCUUGACUUUAUUUUUGCUGUGAAAAGUGAAAACCGUUUCUAUCUGAAGGAAGUUAAUGUCAGCAUGUAUAUGGCUAAUGGCUCAGUUUUCAGCACUGCAAAUAACAACCUCAGCUUCUGGGAUGCCCCUCUUGGAAGUUCUUAUAUGUGCAACAAAGAGCAGGUUAUUUCAGUGUCUAGAAUGUUUCAGAUAAACACCUUUAACCUAAAGGUGCAACCUUUUAAUGUGACGAAAGGAAAGUAUUCCACAGCCCAGGAGUGUUCGCUGGAUGAUGACACCAUUCUAAUACCAAUUAUAGUUGGUGCUGGUCUUUCAGGCUUGAUUAUCGUUAUAGUGAUUGCUUACCUAAUUGGCAGAAGAAAGAGUUAUGCUGGAUAUCAGACUCUGUAACACUAAUCCACAUGUUACAAAUCUCUGUUACAAAAUAAUAAAGCAAAUACAAGUUCCUGUAUGCAAUACUAUUGAAGGUACACUUAGUUACAGUCCUGCUCUUAGAUUGGGUGGAAUGGUAGAUUUCAAACUUAACAAUAGAAUCCCAAAUACUAGCAACUACAAGUGCGAGUUUGGUUUCCCUGACCAAGGAGUUUAAAACUUCUAUAGCAAAAGGCAUGUACAAAAUUACCUGGGCUACAGGUUCUGUCUCACUGGCUGGAAUUUGUAUCUCAGUGUCUGACUUACAAAUUUUGACAAGAAUGUACAGUGUAGGAAAAAGCAGGUUUUCUCUGCCUGCAUGAGGUUGACUUUGAACAACAUGAUCUCCAGAAUUUGUACUUGCUCCUUUUGUAUUAUUUGUGACUUUUGUUUGCAGGUUGACUUAGCUACUUUGGCAUUGCUCCAUAUUUGACCUGUGAAAAAGGUAUCAGUAGAUUUGAGCAGAGCCCAGCAGUAUCACGCUCUUGCCAGUAAAAUCCUUUUCUCAUGCUUUUUGAAUACAUUUGUAUUUAAUGUGGCUGAAAUGACAAAAACACAAAAGCUUUUAAAAUUUUAGAAUAGAUGUUAAUCUUUUUAUUUAAUCUUUUUUUUUAAAAAAAAAAACUGGAUAUUUCAAUCUUUUAAAUUGCAAGACACAAGGCAAUUCCAACUGGGUAUUUCAAUGUUUUUAGGUGCUUUAAAGAUAAUUGCUAGGCAGUGCCAAAUGAGGGCAUUAGUGCUUUGUACCCAGAAAUUUGGCCUCUACAUGCAGCACUAAGAUGAAUGCAGAUUUCUCUUGAACCCUGCAGUCUUCCUUGUUGGUGGUAAUGUCCUUUGUUCUGUCCUUUUUCUUCAAGAAAUGUCAGUAUGUCUUAGAACCUAGAUAACGAAGUGCACUUACACUCAUAAAAUAGCUUGCACCUAAUCCAAAAGUCAUGGUCUUGCCUUAGUCCAUUAACACAGUCUUCAUUUCCAGUUUGCAUUGACUGCUACAACAUUUACUAAUUUCACUUCAUGUUUAAAUGAUUCUGUGAUAAUCAAAACUUACAUUGUUACUGUUCACUGUAGUAAUUUUGUCUUCAGUUUUGUACUCAGAGAGGGCACCAGUUGUCCAUUUGCUAUGCAUCACCUAAUGCUUAUAUGAGAGCAAAUUAUUUCAGACUGAUACUUAACACAUCAUGUAUUCCUUGCAGCUUCUAGGAGAUCUUUCAUACGUAUAUGCAUAUGUACAUGCAUGCACACAUACAUAAAUAUUGGUAUGACUCAGCCAUAUUUUCUGCAGCCAUAUGUAGAAGGUUCUGAUUAUUUGAGGAGGGCAGAUUAUACACUUUUCAUUCACCAGAAGAUGAAGCACUGUCUGGGUUUCAAAAUACUAAUGUUGAAUACAUGGUACAUAUACAUACACAUAUAGGCAAUUGCAUGUUAGCAUGUGAAUGUCUGUAACUGUCCUUUGAGUUAUAUAGAAGGGACAGAGAUUGUAUCACUUUAAACUUUCUAUAUCCAAUUAGCCUGAAAACCUUAUUGGUUCAGAAUCAUAUUCCUGACUAACCGUCUCCUAGAGCAACAGGGAACUGCAUGGCCAGCUUAAAACACUUGUUAGGAAUGAAAUGGGAAUCUAAUUUUAAAAAUAUUUUUCCAUUUAAACUGUGUUUUAGCAUAAGCUUGUUAAUUUUAAAAGAAAGGAUUAUGCUCUUAAGAACACAGGUAUUAGACCUUUGUCAUGAAUCAACAAGACAGCGUUUAAAAAGACUAAUUGGAACAAGUGGGUGGCACUGGCUUUAAUGCUGUUAAUGUUUCUAAAAGUUUUUACAUUUAGUUUAUAUACUGACUGGGUUCAUAUUAAAAUACAUCCAAAGCACUGUUUUAUAGAAAGAUCCAACUUCAAUAAAUAUUUUUGUAUUUUACAUGGGCCAGUUUAUGUACUGCUAUUUACACUUUUAUUUCCUAUGGACACACUAUCUUUGUAUCUUUUGUAUUUUUGUUUUGUUUGUUUUGUUUUACCAGUUUUGCGCCUUGAUCAUAAUACUCUGUUUGGUUUGGGAUGUGUUUCCAUGCUUUAGCACUUAUAUAAGAAACUGGUCCAUGUAAGUACUUUCCAUGUUUUUUUUUUCUUCAAAUGUUUAAAGUGCUAGUUGAUGUACCAUAUUUCUUCUCAGAUAUUUGCCUGUCUGUUUGCCCAACAUUGCUUCUAAAUCAAUAAAGAUCUUUUAUUUCUUAAGGAAA